CGAAGCGGCUGGAAGGCGGGCCCGAGAAGGGUGGGGAGACGUUACGUUGACGCGGGCGUGACCUUGUCCAGUAGGAUUUGGCGGGAUUUCCGAAGGCUGUAGGCAGAGCGCGCGCUGCGACUUGAGACCGAGGCGUAGGAGGAGGCGAGUCGCGCCUUAGGAGCGCGGUUGGAAGCUGAGACUCGUCUGGGUUUCGUGCAGAAGGCCGAAGCAAGGAAGUAGAGAAGCGGGGCACAAGCGAGGGGACCUACAGUCCGUCCGGGAUCGGGCGCGGGCGGGCCCAGCAGACGGUAGUCCGAGUGUGCAGCCUGCCCUAGCGAAGCACUGCAGGUCCAGUAUUGCACACUGAGCAAUGGCUAUGGAGAUGCAGCUUGAAUCAAAUGCAGAUACUUCAGUGGAAGAAGAAAGCUUUGGUCCACAACCUAUUUCUCGAUUAGAGCAAUGUGGUAUAAAUGCCAAUGAUGUGAAGAAAUUGGAAGAAGCUGGAUUUCAUACCGUAGAGGCUGUUGCCUAUGCACCAAAGAAGGAGCUAAUAAAUAUUAAGGGGAUUAGUGAAGCCAAAGCUGAUAAAAUUCUGACUGAGGCAGCUAAAUUAGUUCCAAUGGGUUUCACCACUGCAACUGAGUUCCACCAAAGGCGAUCUGAGAUCAUACAGAUUACUACUGGCUCCAAAGAACUUGACAAACUGCUUCAAGGAGGAAUUGAGACUGGAUCCAUCACAGAGAUGUUUGGAGAAUUCCGAACUGGGAAGACCCAGAUCUGUCAUACAUUGGCUGUAACAUGCCAGCUUCCCAUUGACCGAGGUGGAGGUGAAGGAAAGGCCAUGUACAUUGACACCGAAGGUACCUUUAGGCCAGAACGGCUGCUAGCAGUGGCUGAGAGAUAUGGCCUCUCUGGCAGUGAUGUCCUGGAUAAUGUAGCAUAUGCUCGAGGGUUCAACACAGACCACCAGACCCAGCUCCUUUAUCAGGCAUCGGCCAUGAUGGUAGAGUCCAGGUAUGCACUGCUAAUUGUAGACAGUGCCACCGCCCUCUACAGAACGGACUAUUCGGGUCGAGGUGAGCUUUCAGCCAGACAGAUGCACUUGGCCAGGUUUCUGCGGAUGCUUUUGCGACUUGCUGAUGAGUUUGGGGUAGCAGUGGUAAUCACCAACCAGGUGGUGGCCCAGGUUGAUGGAGCAGCCAUGUUUGCCGCGGACCCUAAGAAGCCUAUUGGAGGAAACAUCAUUGCUCACGCCUCAACAACAAGAUUGUACCUGAGAAAAGGAAGAGGGGAAACCAGAAUCUGCAAAAUCUAUGACUCUCCUUGUCUUCCUGAAGCUGAAGCUAUGUUUGCCAUCAAUGCGGAUGGAGUGGGAGAUGCCAAAGACUGAAUUGUUUUUCCUUUGUGAUAAACCUUAAGCGCUGCAGACUAAUGGAAAGGACUGCUCCCUGGAGUUUUUCACAGGCUUCUUCCUGUUGUGACUGCCAGCCAAAGGCUUUCAGGAAAACAGCUAUUAUAUCGGCUUUUCUUACGAUGUAAACACAAGACAGGUCAGUGGUCACAAGCUGACCUGAACUGUUUAUUCCUUCUGGAGUAUAUUAAUCUCUAUGUGAUUUCUUUGGUUUGGGGGGUAGGUAUGAAAUACCUUUGACAUCAUAGUGCCUUGGGAUUGACUCAGGACUAACUGCUAUUGGCCACUUUUAUGUCUCCAAGAGAACUAACUAAAGCUGGAGAGACCUGACUUCUCUGUCUUAAUAAUGUUAGGAAAAAAUACCUGAGCUAUGUAGCAAAUGGAGUGGGUCGCUUCACAGGUUCUUUUCCAUCAGUAAAAACUGUUAAAUCGGAAGCAGGUUUUUAAGUUUGUGUGUCUGAAUUAGCUUACGUAAGAAUUUUGUUUUAAUAUUAAGAGCAAUUCAAGAUAAUCAUUUCAGAAGCUCUUUAGUAGAUUCAGUGUGGAGCUGCUAAUAAAGUAGUUAUUUGUAGGGAAUGUGCUGUUUAUAGGAGUUACUCUGGUACAGCUGAAUAUUUCAACGUAGGGCCUUCAUAAUACUGUUUUGGCUCUGGAAAGGAAUGAUCAGUUUCUAUUACUUUAAAACUGAAAAUGUAAAGGGGAAGUCCCGCCUUCAGGUGAUUCACUUUAUUCUCCUUUAAACUCAUAGAAAGUAUCACAAGAUAGCUACUCCGUAGCAUUCCUGUGGCCUUUGUUUCUAUUAAGGUUUGUAUUGCAUAAAUCUGGUACUUGCCCAGAUUAUUCUGCUUUUUAGGGGUUUGAGAUACUCCUUCCCCUUCACGUCUACUCAGCGUGAGUUUUAAGCAACUCUUCCAAUUUCAAAGGGCCUCUUGGCUAGAAUUGGGUGGAGAGGCAGUGCAAAUCACAGGCUAUUGCCUCUGUUGAUCCUACUGUAUGUAAGGAGAUAGGAGGACAAAAUUUAAUGCAACUUUGUUUUAAAAAUAGCUGUUCCCUGACCAUAGACCAGAGUGCCUCCUAAGUCUUCUUCCCUUUUUUUCCAUCACAAAACAAACCUGGAAUGAUGUAGUAAACCCACAGUGACAGACUCUGGAAUGAAAGCUUGGUUCUUAUAUAAAAACAUCUCAAUCUUUUAGACCUAUAAAGUAUUUUAAGUGACCUUGA